AUGAGUGCCUUGCUGUUUUUACUACUAAUUUUAACUGGCAUUUGCUAUGCUGAUAUGCAGCAGCAAUACGACGAUGCUGAGCCACAACCAGUGCCCAUAGAUGGACGUUCGUUUUUCUUUCUGGGCACGCUCUUCCGACGCUGGCGUGAUCGCUGGCUGGCUUAUAAUAAUCCUGCACCGAUGUAUGCUGGCGCUGCUUUUCCCAUUAAUGGAUAUUUCAAUUGUCCAGCAUAUGGUUGCAAUCCGGCGUCGAUACGACCGCAGCCUGGCUACUAUCCCGCCUACUAUGCCACGCCGCUGCAGCAACAACAGCAGCAGCAGCAGCAGCAGCAAGCGCAAGGCAAUAGCAAUGUUUACAUCUAUCAGACAGAUCAGAAUAGCGUUAGCUCUUCUUCAAUGCCACCACCACCCUAUGGGCCAGGCUACUUUGGGCCAAUGCGUCCGCCAGCACCGCUGGACUAA